AUGAUGAACCUUAUUUUAAGAAAAUAUGUUUUAGACGAACAUCAUGAUGGUUAUCCUGAUGAAAAUGAUUCUGAUAUUGAACAGGAACCACAAAGUUCAAUAGCUCCACAUUUACUGCUACCAAAUAUAAUAAAAUAUUCAACUUUAUCAAUAAAUAUCUACUCUAAUAAUCAUCAACAGCAAAACUAUAGAAAAGCCAUUUCAACACGCGUCCGUCAAUUUGUUACUAGUAUUGUUGAUGAUAGUAGUAGUAGUUUGGAAACUGACGCAGAAGAAAAGUAUCAAGAAUUAAAACGAAAAAUUAGUGAACUUGACCAGACAAAAAUUAAUUAUUUGGCAGCAAAUGAAGAAUGCGACAAACUCAAAAAUAGUGAGGAUUGGAGUAGAUUAGUGGUGGAAUUUGUUGAUGAAAAUAAAAUUACAAUAGCACUUAAACUAUUUGACAAGAUGAAAUCAUUAUCAUUGUUUCCUAACCAAGAAGCAUUCACUGCAAUGUUGAGAGGUUUAAGUGAAGAAAACGUUUCGGCAAACCCCGUAAGACAUUUAAGAAAAAUUAUUGAUUUGAUGAAUGCAAAAAGCAAAACAAAUCCUGAAUAUAGACUUGAAACUGAGCAUCUAAAUUACCUAUUAAAAACUUGUCAAAAUUUUGGCAAUCUUAGUGCUGCAUAUAGUUCUUACGAAAAAUACGUAAAAAAUGGAAUUGUGAAACCAGACAAAUCAACUUAUUUAUGCUUAUUGGCAACAAGUAUUAAACCUGCUUCAAGUGAUCCAAGAUUAGCUCAAAAAAUAGCAAAUGAUAUAUGGGAUAGUUUGGAUAAAAGCAUGGAUGUGCAAAAUAAUGAUAAUAACUCUGUACCUAUUGAUGACGAAUUGGUUUGUAAUAUACUUGCAACAUACAAAAGUAAUCAUCAUUUAAAAGAUGCGUUUAGUAUUAUUGAUUAUACAUAUGGAAUUGGUAAAUAUCAAUCAUCAUCAUCAGCUUUAAAUUUACCAAUUACACAGGAUUCUUUAAAUACUAUUAUUAAUAUGUGCAUUGAAGGAAGAAGAUAUAUCUUGGGGUUAAAAUACUAUAACCAGAUCAUUGAAAAAUAUCCAAACAUAGAACCUGAUAUUAGUGCUUACAAUGGUUUAAUGUCUCUGUACAAUUCAACAUAUCAAUACAAUAAAAUUUUAGAAUUAUUUAAUGAUAAAAUAAAAGAUACAGAGAUAAAACCAAAUAGAGAAACAUUCAAAGCAGUGUUGAUGGCAUGCCAUAAUCUUCAUAGUUUAGAUGGUGUAAAAUAUUUCAUUGAAAACUACUCGGAAAUAGGAAUUGAUUUCAAAGAAAUAGAUAUAAUAGAAUUGAUGAAGUCAUCUAUUAAGCGAGCCAGAAUUAAUGGAAAUCCUGAUGAUAUUAUUUGGUUACUGAAUAAAUUAGAUGAGGCAGAUCCUGUCAAUGUCCAAAAUAAACAACUCCCCCAACUUAAAAACAUGAAUAAACCUUUAUACCUAACUAUCAUUAAUCUUGCUUACGAUAUUGUAUUAAAGGCAGAGAACUUGUCAGAAGAUAAAAAAAUUCAAUGGCAAAAAGACAAAAGGUUUUUUGAAGAAAAAUAUGCAGAGGUUUCUGAUAAACUUGAAAAAAUAUUACAAGACCAAAUGAUAAAUAAUAUUAAAACUCCUACAAAAUCUCUACUAGACAAUAAACUAAAACAAAUGCCUGACCAUGCCAAUUAUAUGUCAUUUUUAGAGAAUCAAUUAAGCAAAGUUUCCAAUUCUUCUGAGAAUUACUACAAUUACUUACCUGUUGUUCAAUCAUCAGGAUAUGGUUCAACUGGAUAUCCUCCAGCAACACCAAAGAGUGAUGUUAUGCUAAAAGAAAAAUUAAAGAAGCAACAGAUGAAAUUGGAAGUCUUCAAAAUUAUUGACAAAUGCUCAAUUCACCGAGCUUUAUAUUUCUUUUCAAAAUAUGCUUAUGGCAUUCUUACUGAUACAAAUUCUUCUGUUGCUAACCUUGCACCAUCAAAAGAUAAAGACAGUUCAGCAAGGAAAUAUGAUUGUAAUAUCCACAAACCAUUUAUUUACAUAGUAACACAGGAUUGCUUAAGUGGCAUAGACCAGAUUCCACAUGAUGAAGAUAUCUCAGCACAUGAUAUUAUUCAGUUUGGUAGACCUCUUUGGGCAUCUAAUUGGGUAGCUAGCAAACAUUCAAAUAAUCAAUUUAAAUUUCGUGAUGUAAUAAAUCUUGCAAAAGCCAAACUUCUUGGAAGUACCUCUAGCUGGGAUAGAGAAUCAAGCAUUGCACCAGAACUUUUUAGGGAGCACAUGGCUACUCUGAUUGCAAUUGACAAAGAUUACAAAAAUUAUAUUAUCACAUACCCUUCUGAACCUAUACUUUCAGAGGCUUCAUUGGAACUAAUAUCAGAGGGAAAUAUUUGGAAAGAAGUUCUUCAAGAAUUAGAUUUCACUUUUCGAUCAGGUGGUAUUCUUGAUGCUGGCAGUCAAGGUGAGCUUGCUGUAAGGUUAUUAUUGUUGAAUGCCUGGCAUCAUCUGGUCCUCUCAAAAAAGUCAAUUAACUCUAAGGUGGCAUUUUCUUCUCGAUUUCCAGUUAUUGAUUUCCUUCAAGAACUUUUUGGUGGUGCAUUUCCAAAAGAAAAGUUUUCCCACUUCAAUGAUUUUUUGUUAGAAUUUACACAUCUCAUUCCAGUCACAUAUGUACCAGUUAAAGAAGAUCUUAUUCCAAUCUAUAAAUGA